AACAAUGGAGACAACAGCCAACAGAGGCACUGAUGUGGUUUCCUUGUCCCCCACGCUGUGUUGGGGUAAAGCUCUGCGGAUGUAACGACCGUUAACGUGGAGGAUCUGAGAAAAUAGAGUGCCGACACUGAAAUCGUCGCAGCUGUGAUGUGUCCCCCACAGGCUGGAGCUCACACUGACAUGUAGUCCCUCCGCUGUAGCUUCAGUCAGAGCCGACACACAACAAUCAUGGCGGAGAAUGAAACCUUGGAGUGUAUAACGGAGCACGAGCGGAUUUUGCAGGAGAUUGAGAGCACCGACACGGCUUGUGUCGGUCCCACUCUCCGGUCUAUUUAUGAUGACCAGCCCAAUGCCCACAAGCGCUUCAUGGAAAAGCUGGAUGCCCGAAUAAGGAAUCAUGACCGUGAGAUUGAGAAGAUGUGCAAUUUCCACCACCAAGGCUUUGUGGAUGCCAUCACAGAGCUCCUCAAAGUCCGUGCUGAUGCAGAGAAACUGAUGGGUCAAGUUACUGACACUAAUCGAAGACUACAAGAAGCUGGGAGGGAGGUGACAGCUCAGACAGAGGAGGUGAUCCGCUGUCGAAUCCAGCAGAGGAACAUGGCCACCACUGUGGAGAAGCUCCAGCUCUGCAUACCAGUUCUAGAAAUGUACAGCAAACUGAAGGAGCAGCUGGAAUCCAAAAGAUACUAUGCUGCGUUGAAAACCAUGGAGCAGCUGGAGAAGGUCUACAUCCCCAGGGUCAGUCAGUAUAGGUUCUGUCAGAUCAUGGCUGAAAACCUGCCCAGACUGAGAGAAGAGAUUAAGGAGAUCUCCAUGUCGGACCUCAAGGACUUCCUGGAGAGCAUCAGAAAGCACUCAGACAAGGUUGGAGAGACUGCCAUGAGACAGGCUCAGCAGCACCGAACAUUUAACAGUGCCGUUGCCAAGCAGGCCAGUAUGGGCCAGUACACCAAGCCUGUGUACUCCCUUAAUGGACGAACACACUCCCACACUCACAACGGCCUGAUGAUGGACGACGACACAGGAGAUGAGGAUGAAGCAGAUGAAGAGGUUCUUACAGCUCAGGACCUGGUGGACUUCUCACCAGUCUACAGGUGUUUGCACAUUUACACUGUGCUGGGUGACAGGGAAACAUUUGAGAACUACUACAGGAAACAGAGAAAGAAACAGGCCCGGCUAGUACUGCAACCACAGGCUAACAUGCAUGAGACAGUGGAAGGCUACAGGAGAUACUUCAAUCAGAUUGUUGGGUUCUUUGUUGUGGAGGACCAUAUCCUCCACGCCACACAGGGGCUGGUGACCAGAGCUUUCACUGAAGAGCUGUGGAACAUGGCUCUGUCCAAGAUCAUCGCUGUGCUGCGCACACACUCUUCAUACUGUGAUGACCCAGACCUGGUCCUGGAGCUAAAGAACCUCAUAGUCAUCUUCGCUGACACACUACAGGGUUAUGGUUUCCCGGUGAAUCGCCUGUUUGACCUGCUGUUUGAAGUCAGAGACCAGUACAAUGAAACUCUGCUGAAGAAGUGGGCACUGGUUUUCAGGGAGAUCUUUGAGUUAGACAACUACAGUCCCAUCCCAGUGGAGACAGAGGAGGAGUACAAAUUGGUGAUCAGCCGCUUUCCUUUCCAUGAUGCUGAGAUAGAGAAGCAGGACUUCCCAAAGAAGCUGCCAAUGUCCCAGUCUGUCCCUCAGAUCUACACACAGGUCAAAGAGUUCAUUUACGCCAGCCUCAAGUUCUCAGAGUCACUUCACCGCAGUUCAACAGAAAUUGAUGACAUGUUGCGAAAAUCAACCAACCUGCUGCUGACAAGAACACUCAGCAGCUGUUUGCAAAACCUUAUCAAGAAACCCCACAUAGGACUGACCGAGCUGGUGCAGAUCAUCAUUAACACCACCCACCUGGAGCAGGCCUGCAGGUACCUGGAAGAGUUUAUAACAAAUAUCACCAACGUCUCCCCAGAAACAGUCCAUACUACAAGACUGUAUGGCCUGUCCACAUUCAAGGAUGCUCGUCACGCUGCAGAGGGAGAGAUUUAUACCAAACUCAACCAGAAGAUCGAUGAAUUUAUCCAGUUGGCAGACUAUGAAUGGGGAAUGGCUGAGUCAGACGGUCGUGCCUCUGGAUACCUCAUGGACCUGAUCAACUUUCUGCGGUCUACUUUCCAGGUGUUCACACACCUCCCGAAUAACAACAAUGACCAUGCGUCGAUGUCGGGUAAAGUGGCCCAGACAGCUUGUAUGUCAGCUUGCAAACAUCUGUCCACUUCACUGAUGCAGAUGCUGCUGGACACAGAACUCAAACAGAUCAGUAUGGGGGCCAUUCAGCAAUUCAACUUAGACGUCAUUCAGUGUGAAUUGUUUGCCAGUUCAGAGCCGGUGCCUGGCUUUCAAGGAGACACGCUCCAGCUGGCUUUCAUUGACCUACGACAGCUUCUGGACCUGUUCAUGGUGUGGGACUGGUCGACUUACCUGGCAGACUAUGGUCAGCCAACCUCCAAAUACCUGAGAGUGAACCCAGCCACUGCCUUGGCUCUACUGGAGAAAGUCUACCGAGGGAUGAAGGACACCAGUAAGAAGAACAACAUCUUCUCUCAGUUCAGGAAGAAUGACAGAGACAAACAGAAGCUGAUAGAGACUGUGGUCAAACAGCUGAGGAGCCUGGUCAAUGGCAUGUCCUCCUAAACGCACGCACACACGCACACACAUACACGCACACACACACACACACACACACACACACACACGCAUAUACACAGGAGUGACAUGUCGGUUAAAAAGAGAUAUAAAGGCUGGUACAUGCAUGCAGUCACAUAAACACACUGAACUGCCAAGAGGAAGGACAUUUCACAUGUGAUGAAGUGAUAAAACACAACAUGAGAGUGACAGAACCACACAGGCAAUUUAUACACACAAAUACAGACACACAAAAAGGGACAGAUGGACAGCCUACGUACACACACACACCAAGUAAGGCACAGCAAUACACACACUGUACAAGGCAUGCAGGGAACAGACUCCUAGUAAAUACAAUACACACAUACAUAAAGUUAUAUCCUCUCCUAACUGUUAUACCUGACUGAAUACUCAAUGUAAAUAACACACACACACACACACACACACAUAUAAUAAACAGUUUACUGGACUCUUCCCAGGAGGAUACAGUUAAAUGUUUGUAAAGUAUUUUUAAUGGCUAUGAUAAGACGAACUAUGUUUUGUACAUCUGUGAGAGUGUAAUGAUUGUAGCUGCUGAGGGAGACUGGUACAGGACAGGUCGUAACACUCACAGGUACUGGGACAAUGGGCUCAAAGGUCAACACCUACUGUAUCAUAGGUGAAGGCCAAGAAUAAUUUUCUCUUCUCCUAUUAGAAACCCAAAUCAUACAUUCAACAUGACAACAACUGAAAAUCAGAUUAGAGCAUGUUUGGCCUCCCUGAACUAUUCAGCUAAAAAGACAACAGUUCCUUGUUGUGUCAGGUGAAAGUCUUGUAGAUUUAAUGAAACUAUGAUCAUUUAUAAGCUAAAGAAGAAGCUGUAGCUCAAUGAUGACCAAUCCAGCCAACAUAUCCACUUUAACCAAUUGUGCAUCUGUUUAACAUGGGUCUCAUGUUAAAAGCUAGAAGAAGGUCCAACAAUCCAAACUUUAUUUCAGUAAAGCCUGAUAACAGUCAGAACCUUUCUAAAUCCCAUUGUUUCAGCUGCACAUUGUUGGUAGUUGCAGGUGUCUAUCCUUAAUUGUUACUAUAUAGCAGCUGAAAAAGGAGCUGGGAGUGAAAGUGAAAACAUUACCUCCUUGGCAGAGGUAAAAAUUAGAAAACCAGUUGUUUAUGUGCACAGAAACAAUCAAAGAUCAGAAACUUCCCGCAGGAUUUAGCUGGAUGUUAAGGGGCUCACACACCGCCCAGACUCAAACCAAUGGCCAACUGCCUUUAUCCGACCACUCCAUUGCCUCUCGUCUGACCCAUUCAGCAAAAAAGUUGCAUUAAAACACACCACUUCAGCUACCGCCAACUACACAGUAGCGUGUACAUUCUACGCUUUCGGAGAUGCAACUUCAAGCAUCGCGCACAGUAUUGGCUCAGUGUUCGUUUGACCUGAGAAGACGUUUGUGGAAUACAAUACUUGAUAGUCUCGUUGUCUGCUCUUGGGCUCGUUAAUAUACAAAGACGUUGCAGGAGGGAACGAGUGGUUUGUUUACCAUCGUCACUUCUGCCCCUCCCACGAACACGCUGAUUCGCUACACACCGCCAAUCAGAAUGGUCUUUGAACAGCUAGCAGACAACCAAUCAAAGUCCAAUCCUACGACCAACAACACUCUCAGACGUUGCAAGUUGAAUCUGACCAGACACUCUCAACGCAGUUCCAAACGCUCCCAACACAGCUGACCACACCGAACAGAUUUGUUCCUGAACUCGUCCAAGUCUCCCCAAACAUUUCAGAUGUCCAGCCUUUGGUCCAAUGUGUUCCUGCCUUUAGGUUUCUCUUAUCCUCUGCCCCUCAUCUGGAAACCAGGUCUUCCUGCUCAGUGUCUAUGAGGUAAACAUCAUAGAAUAACUGUGAUCUCAUUAGUAACUUCAACCACAUUCAGAUGGUCAGGACCAUCAGUCUUCUUUCCACAGAAGUAUGGUGUGGAAAUGUAGAUAAAGAUGUUUCUGACAAAGACCGAAUAGAACUCAUUGUCCCAAUCCUUCAACUGUUAGGGUGUAUGCAUGUGUGCAGAAACAAAGUGCCGCUGAGGUCAUGGAUGGAUGAAGGGAUAGAUGAAUGGAUGAUGACGUCUUUAAGGACUGAUGUUCAUGAAAAAAGUGAAGUUUUGUUGAACUUGGUGGCUUUGCUUCCAGUUUGUCUUCUUUUCUGCUUCACAUUACACACUGAACCCCCCUGAGAUUAUGGAGGAGUUCAGUGUUUGCAUGACUACGACACAUGGCUGUCACUUGCCAGGAAGCACGAUGAAUAUUAACCUGUUCUCUGCACAUGGGGCGCCCAUUAGCUCAGGAGCAGGCAUCCCGUGUACAGAGGCCUUGUCCUCGCUGCAGCGGCUCCGGGUUCAAGUCCCAGCCUGAGGCCCUUUACUGCGUGUCACCCCCCUCUCUCAUCCUGUUUCCUGUCAUCUCUGAAGCUGUCCUGUCAGUUAAGACAUAUUAAGAGAAACAUUGUAUGUAAUGUAAAAGAAUUAGGAUAAAAUAUGAAAAGUGGCUUUUAAAAUGAUUUGGUCCAUCUUGAGUUUGCACACAGUUUGAAUAGUAUAACACCAAAUAAUGCAGUCUGUUACACAAAUUCCUGUAGACAUUGUCCAGGUCAUUGCAGGCUGUUGUACUGGAUUAUGUCAGAUGAUGCAGGUGAACACAUCCAGGCUUUUUUUAGCAAACACUUAAAGGAAGUGAUCAGGAUUUUGCUUUGGAAUGUCACUGACCAAUGCGUGAAGGAUUCCUAAUGGAGGCUUUGCGUGUGAUGUCAUGAUAUGUGAAAUUCACCACCGUAACACAAAAUGACACAUGGUAUGAACAUCGAUCAGUAUCUGGAUAUGUUCAGUGUGAAUGCUAGAAAUAGGAAUGUGAUUGGAUCAGCCAGACUACCUCUGGAGAUGUUCUGUGGUCAGAUCUCAGCCAGGCAGUUUGGAAACAUAAAAAAAAUUGAUACUUAAAUAUAAACUAAAAGCUGAGUGACAUUGCAGGAGCCAAUUCAUUAGAUUUUAAGCAGCUUUUUCUGGAGCCACAAAAGGCUGCAUAUCUUCACACCUUCCCCCAAUACCUGUGAAAACACUCUAAUGUAGAAAAUUGGUGGAAUUAUCCUUUAUCUCCAAGCGCAAAUAAACAGGCCUGAUCAUAUGAAUGCACACCUAGGUCACAUAUUAACACCAGGUGAGGGGGUCUAAAUUGUUCCCAGCACUUUUGAGCAGCCACAGACCAACAGACGUGUUGUAUGAACCACAGUAAAAUCUGAUGACUUGUAAUUAUACCAGAGUUUUUCUCAGAUAAGUUUGUGCUCCUCCCGGCCUCCCAGCUCUGCUCAUUCAUAGCAGCCGUUUGGCUUCUCAGUGGUGGUGAGGCUGAUCAGGCAGUUUCAUGUAGAACAACAUCAGUGCGUGCCCUCUUGCUCCCUCUGUAGCUCCUGUCAGAUGAGGGUUGAGGACGUGGUUUUUGUGAUUUAAACCACAGUUUUUUUUUCUUGCAACCCUCUCAAACUACUGGACUCAUGCUUGCAAGUAAACAAGACCUCCUUGGGGAAUCGUUAUGUUAUUAGUGAUUAUAUAUACAUAUAUAUUUAACAGUUAACUUGCAUUCUGAAUUAUUUUCUUUUUGUUCCUCAGGGUGAAAUGAAGCUUUAGAAUCUCAUAGCCCAUAUAUAUCCACAAAGCACAGCAAUAAUGAAUUGGUUCCUGUACAGCCUCACAGGGAGGUUGAUGCUUAUCUAAAAACUGAACAUGACUCCUGAUGACAGGCAUUUUAUAUUGAGACUGUUUCUAUUCUGUUUAUUUGUUGGGUCUGUGCUCCACUCUCAGCAGGCAUUUUUGCACUGAAACUGAUUGAGGUUCUUUCUUUUUAAUGUUUUGCCUUUUUUAAAGAUUUGCUUGUAAAUGCCACUGUAUAUACUGCAUAUUUUGUAAAGAAAAUAUUACAGCAGUUUGUCUGCUGCAAACAGAAUUGGAGGUUGACACUGAUAUGCACCUCCACCAACACUCAAAGUAAAUAUGUAAUUAAUAAGAGUUUGAAUUUGCGUUUGUUGCUUACUUUGUGACACUGUGAGGAGCUCACAUAUUUACAUUGGUACCUUCUCUCCACUAAUUCACAUGGUUCAAACAUGAAAAUGCUGUAUUGUGUUCUAGCAAAGAUCCUAUGACAACAUUCCAACAUGAAGUAUGUAAAUACUGGUCCUAAAGAAUGUAACUAUCUGCUCCUAGAUAUUAUAAGAUAAAUGACAUUUCCAAAUUAAGUUUCAUACAAAGGGUUUCCUUCUGAUCUGGAGGGGUGUACCCAGCCUCCCCUGCUAUGAGUAAUCAGUGAUCCAUUUUACCAUGAAUUCUCAAAUAAAAGCGUUCAUAUAAUGA